CCGGAGUAUAUAAGUGCGCGUAGGACGUCGCGCGACGCUCUUCUGCCUCAGUAAGAGUAGAGUUGUGUUCACGUGUGGUUGUGUGCGUUUCCUCUUUCCCAGAAAUAGGCCACACACAACCUACGUCCAUUCCGUGAAACUAACUCUUCUAGAAAAACCCAAAAAAAGUAAAAAAUCUCCGUAAAAAACGCAUACAAAAAAAUCGCAAAACCGUAGGCGAAAACCGUCGUAACCUCGGGUAACAGCGUGGUAAAAAAAAAAAGUAAGAAGAAACACGAGAGAAGUUGAGUGCUACGAGCCAGAGCGAGCCGUCGACAUCCUCAGGGAAAACGGACGGAGCAUUCAUCUACCCGCAACAGGCACGCAAAAAAAUAAAAUAAGUUGCUCACGCACGAGGCAGAAGCGGAAGAAGAUAAGCAGGAAAGCGUGUGCGACGAGAAGGCUGCAAGAGUCCUCGGAGGACGAGCCAUAUUGCGAGGUAGCGGAAGAAUAGAGCGAGGCGAGACCGUCGCGCGUAAAGAGAAGAAAUCGUUCUGCCUCUCUAUCCCCGGCGUGAUACUCCGCGUCCGCCAUGAAUCCCGGUGCACCCAACUACCCCAUGGCCUCGCUUUACGUGGGCGACCUACACACCGACAUCACCGAGGCGAUGUUGUUCGAAAAGUUCUCGUCGGCUGGGCCUGUGCUGUCGAUACGCGUGUGCCGCGACAUGAUCACCCGCCGCUCGCUCGGCUAUGCAUAUGUCAACUUCCAGCAGCCGGCUGAUGCCGAACGCGCCCUUGAUACCAUGAAUUUCGACAUGAUAAAAGGGCGGCCUAUUCGGAUCAUGUGGUCUCAGCGCGAUCCCUCUCUACGUAAAUCGGGCGUCGGAAACGUAUUUAUUAAAAAUCUAGACAAAAACAUAGACAAUAAAGCAAUGUACGAUACAUUUUCCGCCUUCGGGAAUAUAUUGAGCUGCAAGGUUGCACAAGACGAGUCGGGUGCGUCAAAGGGCUACGGCUUUGUACAUUUUGAAACUGAGGAAGCGGCCAACAAAUCUAUCGAUAAAGUCAACGGAAUGUUGCUAAAUGGAAAGAAGGUAUAUGUUGGUAAAUUCAUCCCGCGUAAGGAACGCGAGAAAGAGCUGGGCGAGAAGGCCAAACUGUUCACGAACGUUUACGUGAAGAACUUCGGCGAGGACAUGAACGACGACAAGCUGAAGGAGAUGUUUGAAAAGUACGGGACCAUCACGAGCCAUAAGGUGAUGAGCAAGGACGACGGCAAGUCACGUGGCUUCGGAUUCGUCGCGUUCGAGGACCCGGAUGCUGCCGAGCAGGCGGUGCUCGAGUUGAACGGCAAGGAGAUUGCCGAGGGCAAAUGCAUGUACGUCGGGCGGGCGCAGAAGAAGGCCGAGCGGCAGCAAGAGCUGAAACGGAAAUUCGAGCAGCUCAAAAUCGAGCGUCUGAAUCGUUAUCAAGGCGUGAAUUUAUACGUGAAGAAUUUGGACGACACGAUCGACGACGAGCGUCUGCGCAAGGAAUUUACACCGUUCGGCACGAUCACGUCUGCAAAGGUGAUGAUGGAGGAGGGGCGCAGCAAGGGCUUUGGCUUCGUGUGCUUCUCGCAGCCGGAGGAAGCUACCAAAGCGGUUACCGAGAUGAACGGACGCAUCGUUGGUUCCAAGCCCCUCUACGUCGCUUUGGCGCAGCGUAAAGAGGAUCGUAAGGCGCAUCUCGCCUCUCAGUACAUGCAGCGCAUGGCGAACGUGCGCAUGCAGCAGAUGGGUCAGAUAUUCCAGCCCAGUAAUGCCGGCAGUUACUUUGUGCCUACGAUACCGCAGCCGCAGCGGUUCUAUGGGCCUGCUCAGAUGGCGCAGAUCCGUGCGACUCCUCGUUGGCCGGCGCAACCGAAUCAAGUGCGACCGAACGCGCAGACCGGCACCUCCGGAUUUGCGUCAAUGCAAACUGCACCGUUCCGAACGGCGCCACGCGCUCCCGCCGCGCAGACUAAUGCUAUGCGUAACAGCAUGUCCGCCAGACCCAUUACAGGUCAACAAGCAGUUGGUGGUGCCAACAUGCAAAGCCGUUCCAUGGCUGGACCAGCCGUUGGCGUCUCGCCCGGUCAGAGCCGUCCGACGAAUUACAAGUACACCUCGAAUAUGCGCAAUCCGCCGCAAGCGGCUAUGACAAUGCCCGCACCGAGUGGUCCUUCUGUGCAGCAGGCGGUUCACAUCCAGGGUCAGGAGCCGCUUACUGCGUCGAUGCUAGCCGCGGCACCGCCGCAGGAACAAAAGCAAAUGCUAGGGGAGCGAUUAUUCCCUCUGAUUCAAUGCAUGUAUCCACAACUGACCGGUAAGAUCACCGGUAUGUUGCUGGAGAUUGACAAUAGCGAGCUGCUUCACAUGCUGGAGCACAGCGAGUCCCUGAAGGCCAAGGUCGAGGAAGCUGUGGCUGUGUUACAGGCCCAUCAGGCCAAGCAAGCGGUCGCGCCGAAAAAGGAAUAAGCGUUAUUUCGUUAAUCCUUCAUUUUUAAUUUGUGAGAAUAAAUCCCGAUUGUUUUUGAGUUUGAUUCGAUGUACACACGGUGUUGUCUUCAUUUAUUUUUUAUUUUUCUGAAUUUAUCCAAUUUAAUCAUUUAAGUAUGUUCAUGUAACGAAUUUACUUUCAAAGACGUAACCGGCAACUUCAGAGUGACAGUUGCUUGGGAAAUUUAUGGAGUGUAUACUCUUUUCACGAUGUAAAAUUUUAGGAAAGGGGACUUGCAACAUACACUGGGAAAGAUAGGUAUUCGGUUUACCUUUGAACACGGUGAGUUGUGUGGAUUUAUAUACAAAAUCACGGGAAACGAUCGUUCGCCUAGCGUUUAGUUACCGAGAGAAGUAAAGUGUGAAAAAAUUUUCCAAUCCUAAAAUUUUACGAUAAUAAAUUUUUGUUUCAAGUU